AUGACGGCGGUCCCUGCCGUCCGCGUCUACGGCGAUGUCGAUGGUGAAGCGGUGCAACUGCUGCGGUUCGAUUGCUUCCGAAAAGACCCGCACUACCAUUACGAUCCAUCCGGUAGAAACGACCAACACCACCUCGAUAAAGCAACCGUCCCCGAUUCAAUUGGCUGGACGAUGGAACAACUCGGAAACAACCUCGCGGAGAUGAUCCGCACGGCUAGCUAUGAUGGGGUCGCUGCAGGCGUCGAUCAGGCAGCGGUCAAAGCGGUGCUGCCAGAGGUUGAAUCGAUUAUGCGAGGUUAA